AUGGGUGUUUCUUCUUCUUGCUUGAAGAACCAGAACCUUCUUCUCCAAACUCUUGAUCUUGCUCACCAUCUUGUCCAUGGACUUUUGCAUCUUCUCAUGGCUUUCCCUUGCCACUUGUUGAACUUUUGGAGAAGUCCAAUCCUCUUGGUUGGGCAGAGAAGCUUGGAAGGGCCAGCCAAUGGAUGUGUGAAUUUGAAUUGGAAUCUCCCAUCCAACUCCUUGUGCUCAAUGAGGAGGUUGGUCUUGCAAAACUUGAUGUCCAUCCAACCUGGUGGAGUAGCCUUCUCUUGUCCACUCCAGCUGCACAAAGAUAGGUGUGAUGACCCUCCAACACUAAGCUUUCUUCCUCUUUGGUGA